AUGUCUUCUCACCAUUCACCCUAUGACACUCUCGAAACAGCGUCUCACUCAACCCCAGGCCAUGAACCUCAAUCUUCAAAACGAAAACAUUCAACUUCAGGUCGGGAAUAUGGUUUAAUGCGCGACACAGGCGAGCAUGACGCCGCUCGCUUUGUAGGUAGUGGUAGUGGAAUUCACUAUAUCCGAGCUGUACACUUGAGGUUGGCCAAGAAAUCAGCUUCGAGAACAGAAUCUUCGACUAUCAACACACUUAUCCCUGGAGAAGAUGACCAACUACGACAGGGAACUUCGAGUAAAAGAAAUCAAGAGCAGUUUCUAUGGAGAGACAAUGAAGUUGAUACUGAACAAGGCGCAUUGCCAGAUUUCCAAGAUUUCGUCGACUGGUCCAAGAGCUACUUUGAAGCAUGGCAUCCUGUUCUUCCUUUUCUUCAUGGGCCAGAAGUUUUGGGCUUAUUCGAGGAAGUUUCCAAAAAUGCCGUCUCCUCCUUGAAUCCUAUAGACAAAGUUAUCGUCAAGUCUAUCCUCUCCAUCUCAUUGGCCGAUAGUCGUCAGUCCAUCGCUUUUGAGAAACCAAUACCCAAACAAUUCCUUUUCAACAGCGUCGACGAUGCACUAGCAAGCUCACAAUUUGCUCUUAGUCAGCCAGCGUCUCUCCGAACAACCCAAGCUGCUCUAGCUAUUCAGUUGUUCUUGACUUCGAUGUUGUGUCUAAACGCUGCGUCCAGGCUGGGUGGACUUAUCGUCCGUGCCGCAUUCCAAUUAGGCCUUCAUCGAUGUCCAGCACGGUAUCCCUUUUUCACCACCAAAGAAGAUUCAGUUCGUCGACGAGUCUUUUGGUGUAUAUACAUCUUGGAGAGGCUUCUCUGUCAGUCUCUCGGUCUACCGCUCGAUAUCCAUGACGACGAUCUCGAUGUCUGCUAUCCCGGCGAAGAGCGCCACACACUCACAAACAGAGACGAAAACGUCCAACGACUACAACUUUUAACCUUUGUGACAAAACACGCCCGCAUUCGUGGCCUUAUCCUCGAGCUAAGAAACAAAUCCAUGCUGCAGCGGCAAGACACGGCAGAUAGAGCGGCUUUUGUACAAGCCGAGUUGGCAAAGUGGUUCAACGAAAUCCAGGACGCAGUUGAGGAAGAUGAUCUCGCUGACGCAGACUCAAAUACGCCUACAAUAUCAGAUCACCACAAGAUUAUGCUAUUAGUGUUAAAGCACGAAUCGGUGAUAUGCCUCAACAGACCUGGCUUGGCCUCGGAGCAUCCUUCUCCAUCAUACUCAUCCGCUUUUCAGGCCUGUAUUUCCGCUGCAAAGUCAAUAUUGAUAAUACUCAAGAAGCACCGGAAUCGACAUCAAUUACAAGUUGACUCAAAUGGUGCGAGGUCACAGACACCUUUGCUGUGGCCAUCGUUUACAUGGUCUAUCUGGAUCAGUGCAUUCGUUCUUAUCCAUGCUGCCUUUGAGAGACAGGUCCCUCUUGACAGCGCCUUAAAACACGUCGCUGCAGCCAAGGGUAUACUUGGUCACCUAGCGGCUCGAGACACUUCUUGGCCAGAAUAUUGCCUCGGUGCCAUUGAUGAACUCACAUCUACAGUCCAAGAGCUGUCGCAAGACCGGCCUUGUCUUAUCGAAUCACCUGCUGAUGCUUCCAUCACGACAAGGACUUUCUCCCCUGGUGUUCCGCACCAAAGAGGAGGUGACACCACCACGCCUUCAAGGCCUCCAAGAUCUCUAAAUCAAGAUCCCGCGACCGGUUUGGGGGCAACUACCGACACUAGAGAUACAGAACGGCCCAGUUUACCUAACACUUCUUCCGCCACUGAUUCUCCGCGACUACAACAGCGUAAACGUCAAAGAAUUUUCCCUUCUGCUACCGCCAUGUCCCACGGCAUACCGCAUCAUCAACAGGAAACCCCACAUGGCCCUUAUACCGGUGACUUGCUUUCCACGCCAAACACUUCAUUUCCCUUAGAAGGCCCGGUUUACCCACAGUUCGACAAUGUGCCCCUUGAGGGUCAAGAGUCCAUGAUGUGGUACGACCAGCUCUUUGCAAGCUCGUUCAGUGCUAUUGAUAAUCCCUUUCUUGUCCACGCAGAGUUUGAUGCUUCUGUUGAUCCAACGUGGAAUUAUUUACGCUAG